AUGUCCAUCACAAUCGACACCUCCGUCGACAUCGACCUCCCCACCCCACCUCAAUCAAACGGCAGUCAAAAGCGCAACCUCCUCCUUGCCCCUCCCUCCGUCGCCGCCCACGAAGAGAAACUCCGUGAUGUCUUCUCGACCUUCGAUCGCUCCUCGACCGAUCUCCAGAUGUUCGAUCGCCUGUCCGCAGGCUUCGUCUCCCUUCCUCCCAAUACAUAUGACCUCGUGCUGGUGUUGACGGAUGCGCAGUCAGAUGAGGCUGUGCGGUUGUUGACUCGGGAUGUUUAUACCGCUUUGGUACCGGCGAUGAAGGCGGGCGCUAGAUUGCAGCUGCAGCAGGGGAGUUUGGGGGCUAGUGAGGGGUUGGAGGCUAUCUUGGCGGGGCUGGUGGAGAAGGAUGGUGGGUUUGAGAAGCCGGUGCAGGAGGCUGCUGUGCCGUUGAAGUUGGGUGGCAGGAAGAAGAAGGAUAAGACCAAUGGAGUGAACGGGGUUCAGAAUGGAGUGGCUACGAACGGAGCUAGCACAAAUGGCGUGGGAAUGUUCGAUCCGGCUCAGAACAACGAUGACGAGUUGAUUGAUGAGGAUGCGUUGCUUUCGGACGAUGAUUUGAAGAGACCUCUUCCACGACCCCAAAACUGCGUACCAGAGACCGCCAAGAAGCGCCGGCGUCCCUGCAAGGACUGCACCUGCGGUCUAGCCAGUCAACUCGAGGAGGAAGAUCGCGCACGUGAGGCAAAGGCCGCUCAAGAUCUCAACAUUCUGAAGCUGAACACAGACGACCUGAACGACGAGCUAGACUUCACCGUGCAGGGCAAGACGAGCUCGUGCAACAGCUGCUCGCUCGGUGAUGCGUUCCGUUGCUCUAGCUGUCCGUACAUUGGCCUGCCGCCGUUCAAGCCCGGCGAGGAGGUCAAGAUUAUGAAUGAUAUGGUUCAGCUGUGA